AUGGUUCUUUGCGUUGUUCCUGGCUGUGGAAGUAGAAGUGAACGAGAUAAAGGCAUUGGAUAUUAUCGCAUACCUUCAGUGAUAACUAACAAAGGAGAGUUUGAGGAAGAACUAACUACAGAGCACAGAAACGAGUGGAUAAAAGCAAUCGGUAGAGGCGACACGGACACAAAGCAAGUUCUCGCUUCCGAACGUGUUUGUGGCAAACAUUUCGUAAAUGGACAGCCAGCUCCUUACUGGAACAARUACCACGAAGACUGGGUACCUACAUUAAUUCUCGGGAAAAAGAAAUACGGAACUAAAAUCAACUUCGAAGCUCAAGCUAAGAGAGACGAGAGGUCAAGGAAGCGGGAAAAGCUUGCACGCGAACGCCAAGAACGUGAAUCAGCUGAGAAACGACAGAAGCUUUACGAAAGCAGCCUUCCUGUUGUCGAGAUCGACUUUAGCCAGUCAAGCUCCUCUAGAACGUUUGAGGGAAGUCAAGACAAAGGCGAAGAGGGGCUGAACGAGGAAACAUUGUUUGCAGAUGUGAUCGUGACCGAAGGCGAAGGUGAAAACAGAAAGGACGCCGGUUGUCAAACGACAAGUGACACGACUGAGUACCAAGAGGCAGAGUGCCAAACUACAGAGUUUGAGUACAUGUUUCAGAAAAGCAAAUACCAAGCACCCAGCAAAUAUUUCUUUGAAUCUGAUGAGAAGGUUCGUUUUUACACUGGACUGCCUUCACAGGAAGUGCUUAUAGUUGUUUUCAAUCAUGUUGUCCCAUAUGUUACUCGACAGACCCAGUCACUAGACAGAUUUCAAGAAUUUGUGAUCGUUCUUAUUAAACUCCGGCUGAAUCCACCGUUACAGGAUCUUGCAUAUCGGUUUGCUGUAGCAGUAUCUACCAUUUCCAGAAUAUUUUUCCACUGGGUUGUUGUGAUGGAUGAAAGAUUGUUGCCGUUUGUUUACUGGCCAGACAGGGACCAUCUCUGGAGGACCAUGCCUCAGUGUUAUCAAUACGCAUUUGCCUGGGGAGGUCGUGUUUCUGAUAAGUUUUUAACCGAGAAUUGUGGUUUCCUGGAAAAGCUAAUUCCAGGAGACAUGGUUAUGGCARACAGAGGUUUUACAAUUACUGAGUCUGUUGGACUUAUGCAAGCAAAACUGGUAAUCCCAGCUUUCACAAAAGGAAAGGCUCAGCUGGACCCAGUGGAUGUGGAAACAACAAGAGGUAUUGCAAAUGUAAGAAUACACGUUGAGCGUGUUAUUGGGCUACUACGAAGAAAAUACACUAUUUUUCAGUCAACCUUGCCCACAGAUUUCCUGAUCUGUAAUCACAGAUACUCUGACCGACACACCCCUUUGGUAGAUUCCAUGCUAAGAGUCUGUGCUGCUCUUGUGAAUUUUUGUCCUCCAAUUGURCCUUUUGAUUAG